CGGCGGGCGGCACCAUGUUGGGGAGCUGGCGGCGGCGCCGGCCGGGCUAUGGAGCGGGGCACGGAGUUCCAGGAGAUGCUUCAGUGGCAAUCUGUCUCUUACAAUGCAAGUUACAAAUGAAAUUUAGUAACUAACAGCCCGCUCCUCACCUGAUCUCCAAUAGACUUCCUGUAACGCUCAGAAGAAGGGGCGAGAGGAGAAGGGCCCGAGGUCGCCAUGAAGCUAAAGCAGCGAGUUGUGCUGUUGGCCAUCCUCCUUGUCAUCUUCAUUUUCACAAAAGUUUUCCUCAUUGACAACCUGGACACCUCAGCUGCCAACCGGGAGGACCAGCGCGCCUUUCACCGCAUGAUGGCCAGCCUGCGUGUAGAACUGGACCCCCGGCUCGACCACACCUUGCAGUCCCCGUGGGAGAUCGCAGCCCAGUGGGUCGUGCCCCGCGAGGUGUACCCUGAGGAGACACCUGAGCUGGGGGCUGUUAUGCAUGCCAUGUCAACAAAGAAAAUCAUCAAAGCUGACGUGGGAUACAAAGGGACCCAGCUGAAAGCUUUGCUGAUACUUGAAGGAGGACAGAAGGUUGUUUUCAAACCUAAGAGGUAUGCUAGGGAUUAUGUAGUGGAAGGAGAACCGUAUGCUGGCUAUGACAGACACAAUGCAGAAGUGGCAGCCUUCCACUUGGAUAGGAUUCUGGGUUUCCGACGAGCUCCACUGGUGGUUGGCAGGUUUGUGAAUCUACGAACAGAGAUCAAACCAGUUGCCACAGAGCAGCUUCUGGGUACCUUCAUGACUGUGGGUAAUAACACUUGCUUCUAUGGAAAGUGCUACUAUUGUCGGGAAACAGAACCAGCUUGUGCAGAUGGGGACAUCAUGGAGGGGUCAGUGACUCUCUGGCUACCAGAUGUCUGGCCUCUUCAGAAGCAUCGGCACCCGUGGGGUAGGACUUACCGUGAGGGCAAACUUGCCAGAUGGGAGUAUGAUGAAAGCUAUUGUGAUGCAGUGAAGAAGACUUCACCCUACGACUCGGGCCCCCGCCUGCUGGAUAUCAUUGACACAGCAAUAUUUGACUAUUUAAUCGGGAAUGCUGACCGGCAUCACUAUGAGAGCUUUCAGGAUGAUGAAGGAGCCAGUAUGCUCAUCCUUCUGGAUAAUGCCAAAAGCUUUGGCAACCCUGCCCUGGAUGAAAGAAGCAUCCUAGCUCCUCUUUAUCAGUGCUGCAUCAUCCGGGUUUCUACCUGGAACAGACUCAAUUACCUGAAGAAUGGAGUACUGAAGUCUGCCUUAAAAACUGCUAUGUCGCAUGACCCCAUCUCACCAGUGCUUUCUGACCCUCAUCUGGAUGCCCUAGACCAGCGGCUUCUCAGCAUUCUGGCUACAGUGAAGCAGUGCACAGACCAGUUUGGGCCAGAUGUUGUGCUGGUGGAAGACAGGAUGACACUGUCUCAUUUGUAAUUCUAGUGGAACACAGAGGAAACUCCCUUUAUAAGAAAGAAACAAACAAACAAAAAAAAAGAGAAAAACAGCACAAUCAGUUCUGAAAGGCUGUGGCCAAGAUGGACUGAAAUGAACAGGAAAGCUUCCGAGCCAGAGAAACA